UGUAGGAAAUAUUAUUACAAAAUGCUCAAAUGUAGAAUCAUAGCCAUCUGUUUUGUCCUCAAUCAUCUGAAAAUUUUCCCAACUCUACUUUGAGAGAAGGAAAUCUACUCGAGUUGGGAGUUGAGAAAGCGCAUCUUCUCGGCAUCACGAACACAUGGCUGUGAUAUUGUUAAGUUGAUUUGACUCCUGUAGUAAACAUGCCGUCCUCUCUGCGGUGGUGAGCGUCGUUAAAAAGGGGUGAAUCUCCACCCCUUACCAUCAUGCUGUGGAAGGUUUGAGCACACAGUCUCUCUCCUACUACCACCUCUGGCCUUCAAGAACCAUAUGUCUUCUUGUUCUGGUUCCUUCACCUCAGGGAUGUCGAGGUCCCGCCGUUGGAACGACUCCGGCGAGCUUGAUGUCUUCGAGGCAGCACUCUACUUUUCUGGCGAGGUUACUGAUGUAGAUCUUGGACUUCAAAGAGCCUGGAGAACUGAGAGGAGGGGUUCGGAUACACCCACGGAAGCCACACUCUUCCAUCAGCCCCGAAAGGUUGAGAGUCGAUUCAAAGACAAGAAGCACAAGCAACCCUGCUCCCCUGGUGGCAAGUUGGCCAACCUUGUGAGCUCCUUCUUCCACCAAGCAGCUUCAAAGAAGAAAUCAAAGGCCGUCUCCCCUUCGCAGUCAUUUAAGGAGGAGUACGGGGAGAGGCUCUUAAGGAGGAGGAGAAACAGCAUCAACCAUCCAGAGAUCAUGACAGGUAGAGACUACUCCAACUCUAUCUUUUCUUCUGACAGAAGAAGUGGGACUGGAGUCUCUUCCCCUUACCCUAUUGUCCCUUUAAGCUCGGAGCGAGAGAAUUGGUACGAUAAGAGGGUGGCGGGUGCGUUUCUGUUGGCCGAGAGAUCGAAGCUCAUUACUGAUGGGUUUGCCGGGAACACAUGGGUUGAGAAGGGAAGCUAUCGCAUGCUACAUAACAGGGAGGCUCAUCAGUGGGCUGAGGCGUUCAUAGAAAAGGAAGACAAGUGUAGGAGAAGAGAGGAGGAGGAGGAGGAAGAGGACGAUGGGGGGAGUGAUUCCAGCUCAGACCUGUUUGAGCUGAAGAGCUAUGACUUGGUGUUUUGAUAGCUCAAGUUGACUUCGUUUCACUUUGUUGUUGAAACCAUUUUCUGUUC